AGGGUAUUCCUCCUCCGACUCCUCAUCUGCGCCGCUGUGAGAGACGCCUCGGCCCGACAACCCGACUCCGCGCCUCCCGCCGGAGACCGGCAGCCGCCGAUGAGGGCCACACCGGCGUUCCCGCUCAGCCCUGCUUCCUCCUCUUUCCACCCAGUUCCUCUCCUCUCUCCGCCCUCUGGUCAACAGCGACCACCCAAGCUCGCCCCGAUCCAUGACCCUCUCCUUCCGCCCAGCUUGGGCCCGUUGUCGGUCGUCCGUGGGCCGAGCGCCGCGCCUGCUCCUCAAGCUCCUCUUUCUGUGCCGCCCCGCCUGCACUGCCCACCCGCGCCUCCGGAGAAGUCAUGGUUGCCUUCUGCCAAGCUGCUGGAUCGAUGGCCGGCCGCCGCCACGACCAACCUCAACCUUCUGGACGCGAUGGGCAGCGGCCAUGGGGGCAGCACCUUCGACCUCUCGCUCGCCGCCAGACAGGACCUUCGCCAACAUCUCAUUCAUCCUGAUAUUCGUUGCCUUUGGCACGGCCACCACUGCUUGCCUUCCUUGGAUCAAAGAAUUAUGAGCUCCCCCAUACACGAUUGAAGCGCCUACAGAUGUGGAAAUAUGGAGGGGAAGGAUCCUCGACCGGAACGUCCAUCAGGCCGUGUCCCUUGAUCAGAAUCUCCAUUAAAUCUCGUCGCAUUGCAACUUCCAGAGUACGUUCAAUGUCACCGGCAGAGGAAAAUCAUCCGUGGAGCCAUCCAAUGCCGAGUUCGCCGGCGGAAGAAGAUCAUCCGUCGAGUCGUCCAUCACCUGAGGCUGUUACACCAGAGGUGCCAGAGGCGUCUGAUCGUGCUCAGGUGGAGUCCAAGGAGGUUCAGCUCUCAGACAUGCUAGCAAUCACUCUCGAUGACACUCACGUGCAGAUUGAACCAGAUUCACAUAAAGAGAUCAAAGUUGAUGAGACAUAUGAUUAUCUCCCACAAGGGAGCUCAAUUGGGUGAAGGUGAUUUGUCAAAGAGAAUUCUAUCAGCCAACAGUUAAUAGGCAGUGAGCAGGGAGACAAUGAACAUGUAGAGCUGGAGUUUUUUUAGAAAAUAAAGCUGGAGUUUGGUUUGUACUUAACAAGUUCUUCACCACAUGUAAAUUCUUUUGGAGCUUCCAAGGAUAUACAUUAUUUUGGGUUGCCAAUUAUAAGAGGUAAUGGAGUGCUUUAAAAUUUAA